UUGACUAGUGACAAUCCAGUCACCCCCUUUUCAAAUCUUAACUCGAACGGUCAUCCUUUUCCCAGUUUUUCACCGCAGUAAAAAGUCACACAUCUUCUUUCAAAUAUUCAUCUUUUUCAAACACAGUGAGAACUGAGCUGAGAAGUUAAGCUCAAAAUUCUCAAUGGCCAUCCCUCGAGCUCAGCCCUCUUCCAAAAAUAACAAGGCUUUGGACACAAAGAAAAAGAUUUUGAAGAACAGGGAGCACAAAACAGGUAUAGCACCGAAGGUGGAAACAGGAGAUGGUCAUGAAUUUGAUGGCGAGAAAUCCUCUCCAAUGGACCGAGCUCUGGAGAUACAAGCAAAUUUAGCAUCCAAGUUCCCUAGUUUUGUGAAGAAUAUGCUUCCAUCACAUGUUGCUGGUGGAUUUUGGCUGGGUCUUCCAAAGAAGUUUAGUGAAAUGCAUUUGCCAAAGCAUGAUAAAACUGUUGUUCUUGUGGAUGAAACUGAGCUCGAACAUGAGACCAAGUACCUUGCUGAAAAGACUGGACUUAGCGGUGGAUGGAGAGGGUUCUCCAUAGCUCACAAAUUGAAGGAGAAAGAUGUUUUGGUUUUUCAUUUGAUCCAAGAAUGCAAAUUCAAGGUCUAUAUUGUGAGAGCUAAUGCCUUGUCUGAAAUUGAUGGAGCUAUCAGUCUUCUAAACUUAGGUGCUCGUGUCACAAAAAUGAAUGGCGAGGGGCUGAAGAUUACUGUUAUGGCACCAGAGGAACAUUUCAAUCAGUAUUCUCCGGUCCACAGUGUUCAAGAGAAAGACAUGGUUGCCCUUAGAAAUAAUGUUGAUGCUGCAGCAGAUAACUAUAAGAUGGACACUGACAAUUCUGGCUCAGACGAUGUAGAUGGCAUCAGGUUUGCUCAUUCCGUUGUUGAUUUCAAAGAUGUGAAGGGAUAUGAAAAUUUCAGUAUUAUUGUGGAUAGAUUGAUUAUAGAUUGCGAGAUACCACACGACCUUCGGGUAAAAUACUAUGAGCUUUGCUGCAGUCAGAACUCGUACCUCCAUGACGAACUCAUUGAUGGGCUAAACUUGCGACUAGUAGUAGGGGUCAUUUUUGAAAUCAUCAGCAUUGCUGAUGCUAUUAGAUCUUCCAAGACUCGCAAAUGUGAAGAUCUGAAAGCAUGGGACAACAGUUUGAAAGCCUUCGAGAUUUUGGGCAUGAAAGUAGGAUUUUUACGUGCCAGGAUAAAUAAGCUUCUGAUUCUCUCAUCUGAUUUAGAAGAUGCUCUGAAACGCAAGAUUGUUGAAAAAGCGAAAGCAGAAGAGGAACUGGAAGUUCUUGAAAUUAAGCGUAGUAGAGUGAAAGAGCUGAUUGAAAAUUCAGAUUACGAGAUCCAGGCUAUGAAGAAAAAGUCCAAGAACCUUGAAGCUGCAUUUCUGGAAGAGUCACAGGCACCAUGGUGAAAGCCUAAGUAAUUAUCAUGCAGGAGCUGCUAAAGCGAAACCUUUUUGAGCCCAAGUAAUUAUCAUUUUUCUAUGUUGUAAAUCUAACAGUUGGGCUUACAAAAUAUUGUGUAACUAAUUGUACUUUUGCACUGAUUCUCAUUGUUAUACAUUUGGGUAUGAGUAGAAUAUUGUUGCAGAAUAUAUCUGGAAAAC